AUGGGGGGAGAGAAGGAGAGAAAGGGUGUUUCGGACGAUCAAAAGUUGUCCACAAAUGGUGGCUUCUGGACUCUCCCGCUCUACGGUCAUCAUCUCUCUUUCCUCUUUAUUUUGUCAUUUAAUCCAGACCGUCACUGUGCUAACCUCCCUAACUUGCGACGCCUCUUUGUCGAGGCUAGAACUGAGGCGGAGGAGAACGAGUACUCGCGAAAGGCUUUCUACAAUCUCGUCCUCUUCAUUUCUUCUGUUGCCAUCUUCAGCUUGACUGCCCAGCGCAUGAGUGGACCGAAAGCUGGGCGAUGA